CUUGGCCAGCCUCCAUCCAAAAUUGUCUUCCUCACAGCAAACUAGUGCAAAAAUAUGUUCAGAACGGCGGCGAAGCGCCUCCUCUAUGGUGCGACAUCUGGUAAUAUUAGCACCGCCCGUAUCGGAUCACUGCCCAAUCUUCAGAAGAUCAUUAGCUCUUACCCAUUCUCAACUUCGUCACCUGAUCCUCAUUCACUCCCUAAUCAACCUCCAAACGUUGAAAUCCCUAAUGUUUCAAAUUCUGCAUCUGCAUCUGCAUCUUCGUCUUCGUCUUCAUCUACAGCUGAGGAAGCUCGACGCUAUAAGAGACAGAGACCGGGCGUCGACUACCAAGACGAGCAAGCGCGAGUACUUGAGGCCUCACUGCGACACGUGGUAAGGUUGGGUUGGACGGAAGCGUCUAUGAUCGCUGGUGCAAGAGAAGUCGGCGUGUCUCCUGCCAUUGUUGGAUCUUUCCCCAGAAAAGAAGCCGCACUCGUUGAGUUUUUCAUGGAUGAUUGCUUACAAAGGCUUAUUGAUAGAAUUGAUUCGGGGGAGGAUUUACAGAACUUGAUACCAAGUGAGCGCAUCUCCAAGCUCAUCAAAAUUCGUCUAGAAAUGCAAGCACCCUACAUAUCAAAGUGGCCACAAGCUCUUAGCAUCCAAGCACAACCAUUGAAUGUUCCCACAAGUUUUAAGCAGCGAGCAAUGCUGGUUGAUGAGAUUUGGCAUGCUGCUGGUGAUGAGGCCUCUGACAUAGAUUGGUAUGUGAAGCGCACUGUUCUUGGAGGAAUAUACUCGACAACUGAGAUUUACAUGCUGACUGAUAGUUCCCCAGAUUUUCGUGACACAUGGACAUUUUUGGAUGGUAGAGUGAAAGAUGCGUUUGAUCUAAAGAAGACCAUUCAAGAGGCAAAAUAUUUGGCAGAAGCUGUUGGUGCUGGAAUGGGGGGUUCUCUCCAAGGAUUUGUGAACAAAAUUUUUCAGAGAUGAAAAUUGAUUGUUUAUAUGAUUUAAAUUAUUUCACAGGCAUCAGACUCUGCUCACUUGUGGUGAAACUAUUAUGCCUUUGCAACAUAAUUGCUUCUGAUGGAGAGUUCAAACUGGGAGAUGCUUUCUUUGUGUUGGUAGUAUUUUGAUUGUCUCCAAAUUGCCUCGAGUAUUUCCUUUGUCCAUAUUCAAUCAUUUGCCACUUAAAGUUCGUGCUGCUGCCUAGAUGAAUUUAUUACUUUCUGGCCGAUCUGUAGUCCUUCGAAUAACGUUUGUAUUCUUUAUAGAUCAUAUAACUAGUUAAAUUAUAAUAAUUGAGCUUCAAGGAAAGUAAAAGUUCGAUUCAUAUUCA